AUGGAUGCCUUACCUCAUAUGCCCUCCCGCCAUAAAAUCAGGCCAAGCGACGAUGUAUCCGCUUACGAGCCCUUCAACACCGGCCAAGAGCACCGUGGACUUGGCAACCCCAUCAAGAGGCGGCUUUGCGACGUCUCAGAGAUAGCAGCACUGAUGCUGAGCAUCUGCUGCAGUAUCGCCGGUCUCAUCUGUUGCUUUCAUCCACCCACCGCGGCGAGCCUGGAGCAAAAGUACCAGCUCAUUGUCGUUGGCUUGAUGCUAUCCCUCAUGGACCUCUGCACCGCCAAAUUGUCAACUAUCGUCUUUUUGCAACUGGAAACACGAUGGGCCAGUCUCCUCCAGAACUACGAUUCGAUUAUCAAGAAGAGUAUCUUGGGUAGUCUUCUGAACGGGCGGCGCGGGAGUCAGCGAUGGACACUACUCAUCUCCGCAUUUCUUGCGUUCCCAUUACUUCUUAGUGUUGGCUACAAGAGCUUCGUUGGUGGAAAGGUCACAACUGAGGUAAAUGCCAGCGGUGGUCAAUAUGGUCUCACUGGCCCUAUUGGUUUUGCAAACUUUGCCUCUGGCGCGUCUCUCAUGGUCAACGCUACCAUUCCCUUCAUGUUUACCAAUGUAACCAAAUUGCCCGCUCAGCCACAACCAUUUGGUUUUAACAUGCUCCUACUGACGGACGAUACCAUCAGAGUUGCCAUGCUGGACGGACCAAGUCCAUCUUACGUCAAGAGCAUAAGGGCUGAGCUUCGGGGACAGCAGUCAUACACCGUGUCUACUAACGUCUUUGGCUUGGCUUGGCAUCUCGACCACGAAGCUGACAAGCAGCGCAAGAAUAAUACGUGGUGGAACCAGCGUUUUGACUCAAGUGAUGAUCAGGCGCCACAGAACAUAUCUCUUUAUAAAGAAAAGAAGUGGCUGUCGACCCUAUGGCCCCAAGGUCAAGUGGACGAGUUCUUCGUCCUUCUCACACCACACGUCGGGCCAUCGAAAGAAGAGAGGAAUAUAAAACCCUCAAAGGAAAGGUUUCAAAAGGAAGCGCUCGAGUUCACGAGCCAACGGCUUAAGUGCACCGGGAAGUGGAAGAUCACUGCCAAUUCGGUUAACCUUAUCGAGGGUAGCUGCGCUGGAAGCUUGGAGGAAGAAUUUCCACACGGCUGUGAAACUCUUCACCUAAAUGAUGCCAGAUACUUACUUAGCGACUUUGUCAGUGACUUGCUGACGGGCCAUCUGGAUGAAGCGGCUCAGAUAAGGUUCACGGCUGUGGUAUCAUCUCUUCUUUGGUCUCGACUAGCCGCCUUCUGUGGCAUUGGCUCAUCGGUCAACGACUUGAAAGCUGGAGAGCGUGAACAGUUCGAGUACCAUCGGCCUGAUGAAGCUUGGAAGACUGUCACGGUACUCAAAAGGUCUCCUUUACUUGCAGUCGUUCUUCUCGCUCAGCCUAUUGUCGGCUCGAUACUUCUUAUCGUACGCGUCGCGUUUUGUUCUUCACCAGUAUCUGGGGGCUUUGGUCUCAUCAGUGUUUUGGCGGGACAUGUGUUUGACGAGCGCGAUAUUCUUAGCGGUGCAGGGUUAUCUGGAGAUGUCAAGGAACGCAUUGAGCUGGCUUUCGACGGGGGUGGCGACAGAUAUGACGGUAGAGGCGAGAGGCUACGCUUUCGGCUGAAGGAAGCAAGGAGCUCGAUGCAUCAUGAUCGAAUGGAGCUGAAGUCUGGAGUUAACUAUCAGUGA